AUGAAUGGUGAUCGUCUUUCAAGCACUUCAAAAACUCGUAAACCACGGGUGAAAAAUAGCGCAAAACUUACACUCGAUACAGCACGUCUAUCACCGCCUCCACUCUUUCGUAGCAAUACCGCACCUGGUAAAUCUGGUGCCAGUAUCACCAAUACCGGCGCCCGUACCCCUCGAAGCGGUAACUCGAUUUCGUCUGAAAAAGAGAAAGUCAGGUCAGACGAUGGCUUUCAAUCUGAUUCUGAUAAAGAUAGCAACCAAUCUGCACAUUCUGUUCACUCAAAUUUAAGUGCGUACAGUGGCAUGAGCAGAACCCCUUCGAUCAAGUCGGAUACCAUCGUACGUGUUCGACCAAAAUCCUCUCUUGGAUCCGACCUUUCAGAUAAGUCUCAAUUGGACAGUCUUAGUCUUGCUCACCUGGCGGUUAAUCGUCAACUGCAAGCCGAUAAACAAGCGGAAGAGGCAAGAAAAAAUAGGAAGAUUGCGGAUUUGGAAAUCUCUAUAAGAUCAUUGACAGCAAUAAAUGCUGAAUUGGACGCAACCAACAAAAAGCAAGCUGCCGAGAUUAUAGAAUUGAAGAGGAAACUCCGCAUAUAUAAUGAUGAUUCUUUCAUGUCUGAAAUAUAUGACAUCGAUGAUGAUAUAUCUUCGUCAUUAACAGAGGCAAGUGUUGUGCAUAGAAGACGGGAAUUAGCGGAAAUAGCUAAGGAAAAUGACAUUCGAUUUCGACGAAUAUGCCACGCAAUGGAUGAACUGCUUCGAGAUGCCCAAGCAGCCCUUGAUUAUUCGACAAAAAUAGUAGGAAGUAGAGUAAUAACGGAUGCACAUUUGG